AUGGAUCCUGAUUCAAAGCGCGUAUAUGUCAGCCAGAAUAUUCAGUUCUUUGAGAAGAAGUCUCGUGAUACUCACGUGCCAUAUCAUGAAAAAAAUGAAUUUGAAUCAACACUGUCCAUUCAAUCCAAUGAAUGGUCAGAUUCUUCUCAGCAACUAUCUACUCUUCUUCCCUGUGAACAAAUCCAAGCAGCCAGAGAAGAAAAAGAAGCUCCGGCCAAGUAUCGUGAAUUAAGAGAGAUAUACAAUUCUUGCUCUUUUGCUCUACUUGUUGCAGAUCCUGUCACAUAUAAUGAUGCAGCAAAGGAUCAAGAGUGGAUUACUGCCUUGAAUGAAGAACUAGAAGCAAUAAGGAGGAAUGAAACCUGGGAGUUGGUGGAGUUACCGAAGAAUAGGAAGGAAAUUGGCCCCAAAUGGGUUUUUAAAUCAAAACUCAAUGUAGACGGUACUCUUUUAAGGAGAAAAGCUCAUCUUGUAGCCAAAGUGUUCUCUCAGCAUGAAGGGAUAGACUUAGAGGAGAUAUUCUCUCCAAUUGCUCGACUGGAAUCUGUGCGUUUGUUUUUGGCCAUCAUCGCUCAGAGGGAAUGGACUAUCUAUCACCUAGAUGUUAAAAUGGCAUUCUUGAACGGAGAACACAAAGAGGAAGUAUUUGUAUCACAACCGAAAGGAUAUGUGAUUAAAGGCAGAGAAGAUGAUGUAUAUCAACUUCAUAAAACCUUAUAUGGCCUAUGA